CAUAAUCAGCCAGUUGGAUAACAGCACUCGCGUUGAGUGGUCGUUGUUCAAUAAUAUCGAACAAAAGAGAGAUUAAUUAUGGUGAGAAUGUUACUGUGUUUAGUAAAUGAACGGUUGUCAAUAACCUGAGUGUUUGAUGAGACGAAAUAUAUUUGAGUUGCUCGAUUUUGGACAGUUCGUCUUGGCGGAGUGGUUAAAGUUCAGAGUACUACUAGUGAGCUGUGGGUUCGGUACCACGUACCAGCUUCCUGUGACAGUUCUGGUAGAAAUCGGUCAAGUGUCCGGGCGGUUGAUGAUAAGAAGAUUGGAUCAGUGAGUUUCGGAUACAAAACCCCGGCAAGCGGCGAGGAUUGUGCGAUGUCGAAGAACGGCGACAGGACAUAUUUGGCUAAAUGAAUCAUGAAUGCUGACACCGCUAUGACUAUCGCUACCUACAUAUCACUAUCAGCGAUAAGAGUUUAUCUCGUUCUUCCUGCCUUAGGCUUAGUGAACUUGAAUGCUCAAGAACAUGCACCAUUGUAGGUGUGCAGCUUGCACAGUUAUAACCAAUUCUGGAGUGAAGAGAGAGACACCUAACCUAACCCACCGACAGUUGUUUGUGACAUUUAUCUAGAUGACUUACUUCAGUUUCUUUUAUAUUUUAAAUUAAUACUUGGAAUUCUGCACUCUGAUUGACGUGAAACUUUGAAUUAUUCAAGAUGACCGUACGUAUUACAAAUCGUAGUAGUAUGCAGCAUCCAAUUAUAUAUUUUAGUGUCAUCAUAACGCUACUUAACUCCUGUGAAUUAUCCGCAACGGCCCCCAAAAUUGUCAAUGAUAUUGUGUCACAAUUCCACAAAGACUUCAACGCUUCACGAUGCGCGUUUUCCCUCCAAUGCCUCGAUCGGGCGUCUGACAUGAAAUACAUGCCAAGGCUACCAACCCUGCGGGAUUUCUUGGGCACGACGCAAAAUCACAACAUCUCUGAGGAUGACUCUUCCUCCCCAGCUUUCGAACAGAGGCGCUUGCCGUGCCGAUGUGAUCAAGACUGUUCCCUCUACGGCGAUUGUUGUGUGGAUGGCCAUCAAUCCUCACAAGUCACGCCGGCAAACGAAGACCGGCGUUCCAAGACCGUGUUUCCUGCGACGGUCUCAAUGGAGAAUCUUUCUUGUCGGAGUCUCUUCCCAGACGAUGCUUAUUUCCCGAUGAAGAUGAUUUACAUGGUGGACAAAUGUCCGUCGAUGGACACUAGCAGAAUCGCUAGGCAUUGCGAGAAAGACGUGUCUGCAUCAGAGUACCGAUACCUCUCCGACGUUCCGGUGGUGUCUGCCAGAACUAGGGUUGUUUACGCUAAUUGGUUCUGCGCUCAGUGCCACGGCGAAAUGGAAGUGAACAAAUACAACAGAAGUCUCCUGUGCAACUGCAAUCUUGAAUCGAAGCGUGAACUGCGGAGCAUGACGUACCUUCCCGGAGAAUUGGCUUGGACCUCCAACAGGACGGCGAGCGACAAGUGCCUUCCUGGAGCGAAAUCCAAGGCUUGUGUUCUCGCAAUCUCAUAUCCAGUCGGGGUUGGUCGAUCGUGUGAGAAGCAAGUAGUAGAUUCUUGUAAAGACGGCUGGCCCGUUGCGGCAGAUCGCGAAUUCUGUGCUUCAUAUAGAUACUUUGUUCAAGAUGCUCUCUUCACCAAAGUGUACAAGAAUCCUACGUGUGCCAAGUGCAAUGGCGUUGCCAAAGAAGCAAUUCAGUGCCUGCAGCCAAGUGUCUACUCGCGCUUUGGGGAUACACGUGGACUGGAUGUUUUCCUCCUGUCAGAUUUGUUCUCUAUAAACGAACCUUGUAAGUCGGAGGACGUUUAUGACUUUAUUUUCGAAGAAUGUUUGGAAGAAAAAUCCACAAACAUGGCUCUAGCAUACUCAGCCAACAUUAUAUUCUUGGUAUUGUUAUCUAUAUCGCUCAUUGCUCUUGUAUUACACAUGGUCAUUUUCUUCAUUUUGUGGAAGCAAAGGAAUCUACAUACCAAAAAUCUUUUCUCUAUGGCCUGCUCGUUGUUUUGGGCUGAAUUGUUACUUGUGAUUUGUCCGGCCGCCUGCCACGACAAGAUUGGAUGUUACGUCAGCACUAUCAUUGUCUACCUUUGUUUUUUAUCGGCAUUUUUCUGGAUGAACGUGAUGAGUUUCGACGUUUGCAAGACAUUCAGAACGACCCAGAUCCGCAGCAACUCGCACCGCCUCUACAUUAAGUACGCCACGUAUGCGUUCGGGGCACCUGUGGUUUUGGCCUCCAUUGCCAUCUUGGUAAACGAGAUCGCUCCUGAGUCCGCAAUGGCACCGGGAUUCGGCGUCAACGGUUUUUGGUUCUCAAACCAGGGAGGUUUAAGGUUAUUCUUUUGUGGGCCUGCGCUUCUCAUUUUCGUUGCUAAUAUUGUUAUGCUUAGUGUCUCAAUCUACGAUAUUUUCAAUCAUCAUAAAGCUUCUCGCUUUGCUGCUAUGAAAAAGGACAAAAAAGAUAAGCUGAAAAAGACUGGAACCGACGCAAAUGUAGAUGAAAAUACCAUGUUGAAUCAAAGCAAAUCUAUGAACGAUGCGUCAACACUGAAUCAAAUUCAAGUCAAAAUAAAAGACGGAUUAGACAAGAUAAAAAUAGAAAAGGAUCGAUUGAUUCUGUAUUUGAAAUUAGCUCUGAUCAUGGGAGCUCCUUGGAUUUUUGCCUUUUUCCAGGAAGUUUCACUCUUUUGUAAAUACGCGUUCAAUAUCCUCAACAGUCUUCAGGGACUCUUCAUUUUCAUAGCUUUCGAUUGCAAGCCGAAGCUUAUCAAAGAAGUGUGUGAGAAACUCGGUUGGCACGCCAUUUCCGACAGUCUCUUCACAACAUCGUCUGCGACCAACGAAACAUCAUUGAGUGACAAAAAGGAAACUUCUGCUUUAAUGAAAAGUGGUAGAAUUGAUCCCAACACUCCGGAAAAAUCAUCAGAAUAUUAAAAAAUAUAGCAAUCUCAAGAAUCAUCUGUAAAUGUGGCUUGCGCUUUGAUGGUAAGCGAGAGAAUUCUCCUAGAUCCCAAAUUGGCCGACGCUAUGGAAUAAUUCCUACCGCGUAUGUCCGCCUCACUAUAUCACAUAAUUUUUUACACUGUACCGACCAAACGUGCGUGGAAAAGACAUGCACAAUGGCACAUUGCACAGACCUCAGCGUAUCACUGUACCCAGGAACUCUUUACUCGAGAAGGAUUACAGUCCCAAAGAACCCGAUACUCGAGAAGGAUUACAGUCCCAAAGAACCCGAUACUCGAGAAGGAUUACAGUCCCAUGGAACUCGAAACUCGAGAAGGAUUUCAGUACCAUUAACCUGAUACUCGAGAAGGAUUUCAAGAUCAGAAGUGUUAUCAUUUGUUGUUCAGGGUUUCGUUGUAAAAGUGCUGUUGUCGAUCAAUCACCGAAAACUUUAUGUUAUUAAAAGCGUAGAAUUAAAUGAAAUAUAUUGAGUACAAUAUAUUAAAUGAAAUAUAUUAAAUAGUAGCAUUUAUGAUCAUAUUAAAUUGUAAAAGAUAUUGCUGCAGAUCUGGGAGACAAAGUGAGCAAGACGGGCGCAUUGGUGAGCUACGAUCAACUCCUAUACAACAAUAAAGGCUAAGCCUGAAUCUAUCUUCUAAUAUAAUAACUAAUGUACUUUUUUCUGUGUAUUGAUUAAAUGCUGGAAAUAAAUAUGAACUUGUAAAAAUCAAUAAAUGAC